CAGAGUAUUUUAGCAAUUUUGUUAUUGUACCAGCUGUGACCUCAAGGGGAGCUGGCAAACGGAAAUACAUUUAAUUCAAAAAGCAUUAGAAGGGCGGAAAUUGAGGGUAGCAUGAUAUGAGUGUGUCCAACAAUCUGUUUCCAUGUGGUAACUUGGUUCUGAAAAUAGAUGAACCCCCAUCUUCGGGAGCGGAUCCCCCUGGCAAGGCUCUCACUUCCCGGUUUGCAGAUCGACGACGCCCUUUUCACGCUGACUCAGAGGCUGGUUGGUUUCUUCACGAACACGCGUUACUUCAGCUGCUGCUGGUGGACGAUUGUGAGAGUGGGAGAGGCCAGCACCCGGAAAAAUAAAAACCGAAAGCUUCGUGCACUUCCCCCCGUGGGGAGAGCAGGCCAUCACAUUAACGUCGCCGCUCAGCCCUGGCGAAGUCAUCAAACGCAAAACCCAAGCAGGAACCGAUUAUCCGAGAGUGGAUCGUGUGUUCGCUGAGAGAGCGGCCUUCUCAAUGAACUGCUGCUGGUUCAGUUUCAAAAGAGAACCGCUAAAUUAGCCCAUGGUCUGGUGGCUAUAUUCCUUAAUGUGACAUUGUCCAUUAUAACUCAUAUCUCACGUUUUGCCUAUGCCACCUAGGUUCAUCAGCCGAACAAGAAUGUUGUGGAGACCCCAGCAAAUAAGGAUAUUGAAUUCAUCACUGAUAUACAUGGAAGUGUUUGAUUUACCUUGGAGAACAUCCAAUUGAAAUGGCACCCUACAAAUUGAAAUUAUUUGGCCUGUUGUAUUUUGUACAAGGAAUACCCUAUGGAUUACAAUCUGGUUUACUACCAAUUUACCUCAGAACUAUUGGAAUUUCAUAUACCAAAAUUAGUUUGACUAAGUUCUUGUACUUCCCUUGGCUACUGAAGAUACUUUGGGCUCCAUUUGUGGAUCAAUAUGGGACAAAGCAGAAAUGGCUGCUAUCUAGUAUGUUUGGUCUGUUUCUAUGUAGUUUAAUAAUUUCCAAACUGCAUCCAAAGACUGAUUUCCCAAUGUUGGCAUUCAUUCUGCUGCUGAUGAACUUCCUUGCUUCAGUUCAAGAUAUUGCUGUUGAUGGAAUAGCAGUACGAUUACUCAGUAAUGACGAAAUUGGCUAUGGCAACACCAUCCAGGUUGUGGGUUAUAAGACAGGCUCUGUCGUUUCAGGAGCAGGGCUUUUGACAAUGAUGGACCAUAUUAGCUGGGAUAUGCUCUUUGUAGCAAUCUCUGUUAUUUAUGUGAUUGCUAUCAUUUGUGCAUGCUUCACGCCUGAACCUCCAACAACCUCUGUUACAGAAACUAGGUUGCCUGUGUUGAAUCCCCGUGAAAUACUAAAAGAAGUAGUUCAUGUGCCUGGAACCAUUUGGACUCUAAUUUAUGUCAUCAUUUACAAAUUAGGAGAACAGGGUACUGUGAGCAUGUUUCCAAUGUUUUUACUGGAGCACAAUUUCUCUCCAGCGGAGCUGGGCUUAUGGACUGGGCUAGUUGCAAUGGGAUUUUCUAUUCUUGGAUCAUGCCUCGGUGGCAUAUUAAUGACGAAGUAUAAUGCAUUUUCACUUAUUCUGAGUCUGUUUGUGAUGCGUGUUGGAAAUUUGAGUUUCCAGACAUUACUUCUCCUUCUGUUUGAAAGUGAAUCCUUGACAAUGAAAGGUGCAGCUGUGCUAAGUAUUAUUUUACAGCAUUUUCUAGGUGGAUUGAUAACAACAUUGACAUUUAGUAUCAUGAUGCUGUGCACUCAGAAGGCUGAGGAAAGAAUACAGGCCACUCAUUACACAUUUCUGGCAAGUUUUGAAGUCUUGGGGAAACUUACUUUCAGUGCCGUAGCUGGUUUACUUGUGGAUAAGAUGGGUUUUCCUUUUAGUUUUAGCAUAUUUGUUCUGCUAUCAUGUUUAGCUAUUGUCCAUGUAUGUAAGCCACCAGAUUUGCUACCUGAGCAGAAAAGACAAUAAAGUGCGAGUCAUCUGCAAUGUGAUUAAAACUACCUGCAUGUUGUCUCCUUGAGUAACUUUAACUGUGGUUUUAUAUUUUUCAAAACUAUGAUAACAAAGUAAGGCUUCUAACAAGGAACUGUCAAUGCUGGAAAUCUGAAACAACAACCAAAUUGCUGGAGAAACUGAGUGGCUCUGGCAGCAUCUGGG